AGCAAUGGGAGUGUUGGCGGUGGCCAACAGCUGACCAUCACCACAGCCCUGAAGCAAUGCCGACCGGGCGUUAUAGUGGCCAAGCAGUUGCCGUCGUCCUGAUUCAAUGGCCCCAAAAUGGGAGCGGGUUCAGGAUCAGGAUCAGGAUCGGGAUCGGGAUCGGGAUUAUUAAGUGCGGCUGGAGCAAACAAAGGAGGAAGAUGUGGUGCCCAACGUGGGUCAGGAGCUGUAACUGGAGCACGAGCUAGUAUUAAAGGCGCUCGCCAGGAGGCAACCACGACCACAACCACACCGACAACAACAACAACAGCAGCAGCAACAAAAACAGCAACCACUCAACAAUUUACUAAGCAAAUUCCUUUUGCUGCCUCCCGGCAACGUAACAGUAACAGUAACAGUAACAGUAAAAGUAACAGUAACAAUAGUAGCAGUAACUUUAACCUUAUUGUAAGCAGUAAAAGUAGUAGCAUCAUCAGCAGAGAGACUGUUACCAAACAGAGGCAGAGGCAAAAGAAUGUAAAUUAGUAAGAGUUUAGCCAGAGGAAAAAAAAAAAAAAAAAAAAGGAAACAAAACUAAAAGAAAAACAAAAACAAAACAAACGAAAGAAGAUAUACCAAGCAGACCUAAAUAAAUUUUUGUAUUUUUGGGAUAUUUAUGAUUUAAUUUCGAAACUCAACCAGACCUCUCUUUCCAAGCUUCGAACGCCAACAAACCACAACAAAACACACAACAUAUAGCCACUGUAAUUAAAUGCAAAGGAAAACUACACAUAACAUUUGUUCAUUUAUUGGUUAAGAAACUAGAAUAAACAGAAGAAACAAAAUACAAUUGAUUUUCAACAGCAUAAUAGAGAGCAGCAGGCAACCAGCAUAACGACAAAAGAACGAAACCGAAACAACAAAACAGAGUACAAAACAAAAAAGAAAACAGAAAAUAGACAUAAAAUUUAUAAACUUUUGUUUGGUUAUUUUUUUGAAAUGCAUGCAGUGAAAGAUUGCGACAAAAAAAAAAAAUAGUACGAACGUUGAGAGGUGCCGAAAUUGUUUAAGCAAGUUUAAUUAAUUGAUGAUUCCUUGAACUCUAUAAAAACCAUCGCAUUAAUUUUUACCUUUUUUUAAAUUAUUUUUUCAUAUCUUUAAUUUUAACGUUUAUAGGCGUACAUUAUAUACUUUGAAUGGAACUUAUUGAGUUUUUGUUGAUAUAUUUGUGUAAAAAAAUUUUAAGUCUAAUUAUGUAAGCGAGUGCAGAGCGUGGAUGGUAAACAUUAAACAAAACAAAACAAAACAAACAAAAAAACGAAAACAAAAAACACAAAAACAUUAAAACAAUCUAAUGGAAAAGAAAAAAAAUGCAAAACGAAAUACAGAGAACUAAAAGCAAGUGAAAAUCGUUUAUUAUAUAAACUAUUAUAUAAAUAUAUAUAUAUAUAUAAAUAUAAAUUAUAUACAAAUUACGCAUACCUACCACAACAUAUAUAAAUAAUACAUGCAGAGUACAUACGAACAUAAGUAUCGGAACAUUACAUAAUAUUACUACUAAACUACAAUAAACAAAUACUUUGCAUACAUAUUUAAUAUGCUUUAGUAACAUAAGUACGACAAGUUCAGAGAGUUAAACCAAGAAUCCCUCGAUCCCCUUUUUCCCCACAAAACAUCCCCAUUAAAAACAAAAAAUUUAAGAAUGCGCACGUGUGAGCGAGAGGGCCUUGCAGCUGUCUCCCUUUGCUAAGCCGCGCCGACGCUGUGCGUUCUGUUAGUUUUCGAAUUUUCGAAAAGAUCCCAUAGCUGCCAGCUACGACACCAAGUGUCCCUGCUGGGAUGCCAAAUCUUGAGACCCCACGCGAAUUGAAGAAACUCUUCUUCGCGCAGCGUUGCCGCGGCUUGGCGUCCCGCAUUUCCCCCAAAAAGGAGAGAGACUAUGAGAAUGAUGAAGGGAGCAGCACUCGCAUGCAGGCAGCUACAGUUUGUCAAUAGCGCCCAAUCGCCAACGCGUCCGCAUUCGAAAUAUUUGACUAAGGAAACAUUAUGCAGGCCCGUUCAUAGUUAAAGGAAAACAAAACGUAACGAAUCGAAAACAUGAAGCAUAUAUAAGCCAGAUCAUACAAAACAACCACAUAUUACUACAUACAUUCAUGCUCUAUGAAAACAAAAAAAUACAACAAAUUAUGUCAAAUAAAUGGUUUUUCCUUUUCCCUCA